AUGUAAGAAAAAAAUAGCUUAAGGGGAUAUCAUAUCUUAGAGCAUAAAGGAAAAGGAACUCUUUUUUAAAAUUUCCUUGUUGAAAGAGAUGGAAGGAAGUACAUUUUGAAAGUUUUUAACAAGAAUGACAAUGACGAUACUGAAAGCAAAGUUGAGUGGAUUUUAGAUAAGUUUUAAAAAAAUGAUGGAGUUUACAAUAAUCACUUAUAGAAAAUUAUUGAUGUGUUCCAUAAUUUAUAGCAAAAAUAUUUUGUAGUUGAAUAUUUUGAAGAAGGAAAUAUUUUAGAAUACAUGCUUAAUAAUAACUUAAGCAGACUUGACUUGAAAUUAGCAGUGAAGGUAUUGGGUGAUGUUUUUAGAGGUAUUAGCCGCCUCCACGAAAAGAGAUAGUAUCAUAUGAAUUUAAGACUUGAAAAUAUUUAUUUUAGAAAUAACAUGCAAAGUUUGGCAGUUUGCGAUUACAGGAUACUUUAUAUAGAUAAAAUAAUUAAUUAUUAUUUUGCUAAUGAAUAUCUACCUCCUGAAAUGAUAGGAAAGGGAACAAUUGAUUUAAAAAGUGAAAUUUGGACACUCGGUGUAAUAUUUUUUGUCCUAGUUUUUGGCUAAUUCCCUUUUGUUGAUUUGUAAGAGAUCGAAGAAUAUACGCUUAAAAAUAACUUUAAUCUAAAGAAGUUGUUAAAAGAUAAGCAAAUUCUUGAUCUUGACUCUGAUCCCAAACAAGUACCUAACAAAGAAUUUUACUUAUAGAUUUAAGAGCAUUAUGAAAAAUUGAAUAACUUCUUCUCAAAAAUCUUUGAAUUUAUGCAAGCUAAAAGAAUGUCUUAUAUUUAACUUUCAUAAGAUCCUAUUUUUACAAUUGGAUACCUAUAAAACUUACAAAAGGAGAGAGAAAUUUACGAGUAGCUUGGUACUGAUAGCUUCCGUGAAUCAAAGCGUAAGGAAAGCUCUGAAGUUGGUGAUGAUUAGCAAGACGAUAGUACUGAAGAAUCAGUUUAAGAUAAAAAAUAUAUUUAUGACAUGGAACUAGAAGGAGCUAAAAAAGGUGUAGAGUUUAAAAAUUCAUCUAAAGGAAGUAUAGGUGAAGAAGUUGAUCAAAAAACAAUAGCAAACUAUAUGAAUCAGUAUCCAAAAAAUUAGUCUAUUUACGUUUAUAACUAACAAAGUUAAUAAGCAAUAGAAAAUUCACAAUUAGAAGUAUCUAUGCUGAUUUCAUAUUACGAUCGUUCCAAGCUGAUAAAAGAUAACAUAAAUAGUAUAAAUCAAUUGCAGUAUUAUUACUCAGUUCAUUUUUCUAGGCAUGAAUUUAUUAUGCAAACUCUUGAAUUGAUUUUGGACUCUCAAAAUUUUAAAUACAAACAAAAAAUUAUCUUAAAAUAUUUCUUGACUAAAUGCGCCCUUCACUUUGGAUAGGAUAGUUUAUAAUCAGAAGAUACAAACUUAUUUUAUUCUGACAUAUGGCAUUUAUGGAAGAUUUCAGAACAUAAAAAGAAUCAAAAAUAGUAUUUGAGUAACUUUGUUAAAAAGAUGAAAGUAGACUUGCUCCAUAGCUAUCUUUAAAUACUUGGUGUUAAAAAUUCCUAGCUUGCACAAAGCGAUUAAGUAGAAGUGGUACGCACUCUUAGUGGAAAUGAGGAUUUUAAAAAUAAUAUCAAAAAAACAUUUAGAAAAGUGCUUUCAAGUUUCUAAUCAUCUAUUGAUAAAAUUAUUUAAGAAAAAAAAAACCUAUCAGAGGACACAGUGGCUGAGUUAAAGAGAUUCUAACUUAGAUUAAUUAUUUGCUCAAGCGCCAAUAGGUGUUUUAUUCAUGAUAGGCUAUAAGAUAUAUUCCCACAAUAUAUGAAUGAAUAUAAGAGCUAUUAACUUAGUUCUUUUAAUGAUUGGAUUGAAAAUAUGAAUAUCAACGAAUUAGAUUUGCAAAUUAAAAAUAUUCCAUAGCACUUUUACAAAAAUAAAAACUGA